AUGCUUGUGCAACCAUAUGUGUUUGUGCAUUCUGGUGGUGGAUCUCUGUGGACAAUGUUUGAUAAGGGUUUUAAGAAUUUUCGACAGCUUCCAGAAUUACCAAUGCAUGAUUAUUGCUUUGUCCAUAGCGAUAAAGAAACAGUUUGUGCGGGUGCACAACUGAUCGUCGUAGGAAGGGAGCUGGAGGGCAUUGUAGUCUGGCGGUAUGAGCUCGAGAACAAUAAAUGGUUCAAAGGUCCAGCAAUGAUCACACCACGGGUCAUGUAUGGUUCGGCGAGCCGUGGGACCGAUGCUUUCUUUGCAGGAGGGAUUAAUGAGGUCUAUCAAGCUGUAAACAUAGCAGAGAAAUACAAUGCUGAUACCAAAACGUGGACCGUGAUUCAUGAGAUGCACAAGAAAAGGAAAUUCAGCUCAGCAUUUUUCUUGGGCGGCAAGUUUUACGUAAUUGGUGGCCGAGAUGAGAAUAAUGAAAACCUAACUUGUGGAGAAAGGUACGAUGACGAGACAAAUUCUUGGGAGCUGAUACCAGACAUGCUCAAAGAUAUGGCGUUUACGUCUUCUCACUCGCCUCCUCUUAUUGCGUGGUCGACAACAACCUCUACUUAA